AUGGGGUCUGCACCCUCAAAGGGGACCGAGGCAUCCGCGGCCCAGGGGGGCUCGCAAGCCGCUUCCGUCGCCGAAAAUUCUUCCAAAGAGCGCCGGAACAGCAACCGGCAGAAGAGCGUCAAAGUUGACAAUGACGAAAAAGUCUUUCGAGAGGCUUGCCUCAAGAUCCUCAAACAGGUCUGCGCCAAUCAAGCCGAUGACUGGAACGACUGGGUUCGCAUCGGCUCGGAUGCCAAGGGUAGAGAGGUCUACAUGAACAAGCGCACCGGUCGCAUCCAGCACCAGCGCCCAGAAAACUUUAACGAGCAACGCAUUGAAGAGCGUGUAUUCGAGUACGUCACUCUGGCCGAGGGCCUCGAGGUAACCACCUAUGUCGAGGAAGAUGGACGCCGUUACUACAUGGACUGGGACGAAGGCCAAUGGGAGCCUUUCCCUGAAGAGUGGCUUUACGCUCUCAGCGAGCAAGAUGUCGCCACCCACGUUGAAAGCACCGCGGCCACCCCCAACCAAAGUUCCUCGCCUCAGGCGGACGAUCGUCUUUUCGAACUCUCCCACCCCGCCCACGGUGAAUUUUUCUGCUAUCUGCUCGAACACCCCCGCAACUAUUACCUCGUGCUUGACAGCAACACCCAAGAGUGGAUUCGAAUGCCGCUCGAAUGGGAGCGCUUGGUCCCCGAGGUCAAGGCCAAGCUCAAGCAACUAAGCGAUCUCUUCCCACAAUGGACAAACUGGCGUGAACAGCUCAUGUAUACGAUACCACUCGUCGUCAUCGCACCAAGGACUCGCAUUCUGGAAGGGAAGACGUACAUCUCUCCGGCAAAGCCGCCACGCUCGUUGAUGAG